AUGGUGGUCGCCGACUACCUGCGCCGCCGUUUGGCCCCCUUGCGGGAGCGUGCCCGCUUUGCCUGGAUGUACACUGGCUCGAGCGAUCUGACGAGGACCUUCAUUGGCCCGGACGGUGACCUCGACAAGGGGGCGCUGGUGACUCUGCUGAAGGUGGUGACCGGUGUCGACGACCUCGCCCAGGCGGUCCUGCCCCGAGAGGAGCUGGCGCUUUACGCCGACCCAGGCCGGGCGGCACUGCAGGCGUCCAUGCCGGAGUUCGACGCCCAAGGUCUGGUGGACCGUUCGGGGCGCCGAAACCCCGGGACCAUACAGAUCCCCGGGGUGGAUGACAACGGAGGGCGGGGCGCCAUCACCGAAGGCAGCAGGCCGGCGGCCCGAGGAGACAAGGGGAAACGUCCCCGGGCAUACGUCCCUCAGCCGUCUUCAUCGUCGUCGUCGCCGUCACCUCCGCCGCCCAAGGACCCCGCAGGAGGCCAGAGGCAACCGGAGGAGCCGAGGCCAGCCCUUGCUCCUAGGCCGAGUGCGUCUGUCCUAGAACCGAGCGCGCCAGCGGACCCAGAGCCGAGGGCACCGGCCAGCCCUGAGCCAAGGGCCCCAGCUGGUCCCGAGCAGCAAGCGCCGACCGAUCCUGCCCCGAGCCCUCCGAGAAAGGAGCGAGUGGCCGCAGGGGAGGUGGUCGUGACGAGGGCGGCGCCAGCGUGGCAGCCAUCGGGGACCCCGAGCGCCUCUGCAGAGAGGGCUCGCAGGGGACCCUGUCCCCGGCCCCCUUCUGGCCAGGCCCCGAAACCCCUCCCGGAGGUGCUGGGAAGCGCCCGGGAGGUCAUCGGGCGGCUCGAAGUGGCCGUGGCGGCAGAGCGGGCAGAACUCGAGAAGGAGCGCGUCACCCUGGUUGAUGAGAGGGGCCAGCUGGAGGAGGCCCGUAAACUUUUGGAGACCCGUAUCGCCUCGGCCCGCGCGUCUUACGAGAAGUCUAUGUGCAAGGUGGCCAAGGAGUGGGAAGCGUUGGAGGAGACCCGCGACGAGGCCGUCGCUACGUAG